AUAAGACAAGCCGUCCCUCGCCGUUUGAUGCCAACAUCUCUCCAGUUACAGACCACCAAAUAACAGAAGUCAAAGAAGAAUAUUUCUUGACAUCGCUAUUACGACUUCGACUUUGAACAACAGCUGUACCAACCGAACACCCCUGCCCCGAGACCCUCCUUCUAUUGGCCACCUACCAGAAGCCUCGCUCUGGACCAGUCACCAACCUUAAGAGUCACAUCAGCCCAGGCAAUAAUAUUUCUGCCUUCGACAUAAAAAAUGCCUUCAACUUCGCACCUACGUUUACAAACAACCUUUGAGCCCAUCUCUGCUGAGACCACACGCUCCUACUUUGUCUCAUCACCACCGCAGAAGAAGCAGAAGAUGUCUCUCACACAGACCUACUACAUCGCAGCCUCUGCCCGCUCAAAGCUUGGUAAGGAGGCCUGCAGAGCCGAUCACGACCUCCGCCUCCUUGUUGGCCAUGCCAACCUCCUCGACUCAUUGAUGCUUGAGCUCGCCGACGCAGAGAAGAAGCAGGAGGAGUGGUUCAACAACACUGUCCGCAAGGCCUCCAAGGCCGAGGAACCCCGACACAUCCAAUGGGUAGACACAAUUGAGGAAGAACCCGAAGAGGAGGACGAAGAGUCAGAGUCAGAUUCAGAAUCAGACUUCUACGAUGAGGAUGGCGACUUCGACAUGGUUGCUCCUCCACGACAAAUGGUGCAAGCACCAGUUCAAAUCACGACCACUGAGGUUGAGGAGGAUGACGAUGAGGAUUUCUAUGAGGAUUUGGAAGAUGAUGCAGACCUCGCUCUUACUCGCGUGCCAUCACAGUCACCACCCGAGCUGGUACACGACGAAGACUCGGACGACGAAUCACCGCCAACAUCACCACCUCAACCCACCAUGGAGUUCUCGGAAAAGGAGGCUAUGCUCACCACAUCAUUUUACGACAAGUCCGAGCAGCCUUCCUUAUUCCAGGAAGACUACUUCAUGCCUGAACGGACCGCUCCGCUGAUAGCAACUUGCUAGGCCAACUUCGACCUGCCAAUUUGUCUUUUGCUAUAGCACUUUCAGCAAGCCAGUCUUUUUUAGCAUGGGGUUACGGAUCAUGAUAUCACACAAUUUUCUUUGGAGAGAAUUUGGCACGAAUGUUUGCAUUGGAAUCUACUGCGAUAAACAGUCGCGAUGAGCAAUUGUUACUCUACUCUGGAUGGAACGGAAGAUCAGGAUGUGAAUUCACAGGUUUGAGAUCUCCCGCUCAGCAUAGUGGUCGAGACUCCCAAGAUAGCUAGGAAAUCAAACAAAUGAUCAUUUCAUCAAA